UAUAAAUUUGAUGCCUCUAACAUGAGUUUCUCUCCGAGAAAUUUGACAAGCGUAUGCGUAGUUUUGCGACACGCGCGGCGUGAUGUGACUUUCGUGAGCGUGCUACGCUGGGAUACGGCAAUGCAGGUUGGCUGAUGCUGGUGCGAGGCAGUGAGAACGCUUCCCGAGAGAAAGAGAACAGUUUGUUUCAUACCAGAGCUGGAGGAUCGAUGUUUUGAGUACAACCGAAAACUACUCGAUAGCGUAUUCAUAAGUGAUCUACCCAACGAUAUUAUACACAAUCAUGACAUCAAGAUUGGAUAGAUUAUUCAUACUGUUAGAGACUGGAACAAACAUAGCAACCAAACGAGCAGCCGCGCAACAGUUGGGAGAGGCACAGAGACUGCAUCCUCAUGAUCUACACCAUCUGUUGGCAAGAGUUUCUACCUUACUAAAAUCAUCACAAUGGGAUACCAGAAUAUCUGCUGCUCAUGCUGUACAGGCUAUACUUUCCCAAGUUCCACCUUGGAAUCCAGAUCCUGUCAACAAAAAAUCUAAUGAAUCGGAUACGGCAAGACGCAAGACCUCCGUGAAAUUGAAAUUGGAGAACUUUGAUGUGAGCAAAGUUCUAGCUCGUAGUACGCAUCUCACUGGGUCUGAGGGCAGUGAGUAUGAUCUAAUUAUAGCCGAGGGAGAGCAACUGUCAGUUCCCAAUCAGAAGGAAAAUCUGGCGAUGAAGCUAGGUUUUCACCCGCGUCUGAUGGAUUUCACCGCUGACUUGUUUACUAUCGAGGAACUCACCUCAACGGUGCAGUCACCUUGCACGAAGCAAAUUGCUACGACGCUUGUCGACGAAACCUUAAAACAGUCGGAAGGACUGAGCAGGAGGGAGAUGAACAGAGCAAAGCGCAAGGCACGCCAGUCGGUUUCGAAACAACGUUCACGCGAGCCCGACGAUCGGGAAGACCAUGUGAACUCCUCGAACGCCCAGUCGCCAGAUGAUUCUACGGAGCCUUUAGUGAAAAAAAUGUUAGUAGAGGAAGUGAUCUCGUCUGACAGUGGGUCUAAAUCGUCUGGCACGUACAGCGAGCCAGCGAGCGGCGUUCCAGAUAUAACUGGAUGUUGGCCAGACACCGUCAUAGAUUGGCCUUUGGAAUCUUUCGCAGAGAGUCUGUGUCAGGACCUGUUCAGUCAGAAAUGGGAAGUACGUCAUGGAGCAGCGACAGCUUUACGUGAACUUAUAAGACUCCAUGGAAAAGGGGCAGGCAAGUCUCGAGAUCAGACUUUGGAGGAAAUGACAGAGAGCCACCACAGAUGGAUAACCGAUGCCGCUUUACGAUUAUUAUGCGUGUUGGGUCUCGAUCGGUUCGGAGAUUUCGUUUCCGAUCAAGUAGUCGCGCCGGUGCGAGAAACGUGCGCGCAAGCGUUGGGAUCGCUUCUGAUGUUAGUGCCCGCUAAAUCGCAGGUUGACAGCACAGUUAACGUCUUUCACGGGAUACUCUCGGUAAUGAUGAAACUGCUGGAGCACUACGAGUGGGAGGCCAGGCACGGUGCUCUCCUCGCACUCAAAUAUUUACUUGCCGUACGGGACGACUUGUUGGACGAAGUGCUGCCGAGGGUGUUCCCCUCUGUUAUACAAGGACUGUCUGACCCUGUGGAUGAUGUCGGUGCGGCUGCCGCGAGUGCGCUCAUACCGGUAGCAUCGGCACUCCCGCGAUUGUUUAAACCGUCGGAACUCGAAGCAAUCGUGGUACGCCUUUGGCGAUUAUUGAAGGAACAAGAUGACCUUGCAGCUGCUUGCAACAGUUUUAUGGGCCUGUUGGCAGCGAUACUCUCGUUGCCCACCGCACAAGCCUGCUUAAAGCCUCAACCGUUAUCGCAGGUAUUGCCACGUUUGUGGCCGUUUCUCAGCCAUCCGAGUUCAAGCGUACGCAAGGCCACAUUGCAGACGAUGCAAACGUUAACCGGCGACGAUCGCGCCGACGACAAGAAGGAACGCUGGGGCGAGAACGGUACGUUGGGACUUCAGGAAGCGUUACGACAUGUGUUUCAGUGCGCGUUGAUCGAGCACAUACCCGCGAUACAGGACGUGGCGGAAAGCGUCUGGGAAAAUCUAGUCGUAAAUAGUGAUCUCGAAUUACUGCUGCACGCGGCGUGCCCCCUCGUCAGCACGUGGCUCUGUCUGGCCAUGCAGCCGGAAUAUGUACCGUUCAAUCCGAGCUUGUUGCUGACAGUCGCCAGUAAUGCUAAGGGCGCGAAAUACAAUCAAACGGUCACCUACUCCGACGGCCAGCAGUCCGACUCGAACGACAACACCGGUGGUAACACCAACGUGAACGCAAAGUCGUUGUCCGAGCUGAAAAUCUACAUCGGAGGGAUCGAGACGGUAGCGCAGAACGUGCGUAAAGCGAACGUGGUGCAGGCUCGUUGCAGAGCGUCUCGAAUGCUAGGAUUGUUGUCCCACUACUUAGUGCAGCCUGCGCCGGGUGUUGUUUAUACGCCGGACAUACCUAGUCCCACGCUCUGUUACGCCAAGGUAUUACUGGCUCAUCUCAAUUCGAGGUCGGCGUUGCAACGUACCGUUAUAGGACUCACGAUGUCGUACUGGGCGAACGUAGAUCCUCUGCAGCUGCCCAUGGUACCGGAGAUACUCAGGGAGAGACUGUUGACUUGCUUGAACGAGUGCGUGUACUAUGAUGAAAUAGCGAAUGCCUUCACUCGUUUGCUACACGAGAGUCGGGAUUACAUCGCGACCUUGAAACAUUAUGGACUGCUGGUGCCUAUCGAAAUGGACUCGUCCGGCGUAAUGACUCUCGACCAAAUCAUGACGCUCACUGGAAAAAAGAUCUCCACACUUUGCGCCAUGGGCGCCAAAAGCCAUGUGAAGCCAACUGGGCAGUUUAGUGUCGGUCCUCCGAUAGGUAUCAAAUUAAAACCCAAGUUACACGACGAAUUGGAGGAAAGGAGGCAAGCGUUGCAGACCGGAGCGUCCACGACGUUGAUGCAACAACAUGUGUUGCAUGUUAUGGCGGGGGCUGCCCUCGCCGGUGCCGCCACGAUGCUGCAUUGCCUACCGCCGUCUCCGCAGCCACUUAAUCCGGUGGUAAAGCCGUUGAUGGAAGCCAUAAAGCGCGAGGAAAAUGAGGAACUCCAAAAAUUAGCCGCGAAGCAUCUGUCUCGUCUAGUCGAUGCGUGUGUCGAUAGAAAGCCGUCGCCAAACGUGAAAAUUUCCACCAAUCUGUGUGCCUUUUUAUGUUCCGACGUGGAGUUUACUCCGCGAGUUUCAUCCGGUGGAGAUGCGGACGUAAUUAGCGGGAUACUCACGUUGAACAACAGACAAAAGCACGCUGAGAGAAUAGCGUACAAUCGCGGCGCAAGCGGCGGAGUCGGGAGCGCUAGAGGCCCCGGUAGACCGCCGUUGACUGAAAUCCCGUUGGAGGAGUUGCUCUCUUGCGAGGAACCGGAAGCUAAAGCUGCUAGAACGCGUCGUCGAGGAGCAACGUUUGCAUUGACGACUAUAGCUGAAUUCUUCGGUUCUGAGUUAUCGUCCCGUUUGCCCCAUCUUUGGGAUUUAAUAAUGGCGAGCCUGCUGAAAGACGUGAAAACCUGCACCGCACAAAGCAACAUAACCGAGGAGGAAGGAAAUCAAUUGAUCUUCGGCUUACAAGUCCUAGAAACCAUGGCGCCGAAUUUAGACAAGUCGAUUUUACCACCCGCGCUCGAUCGUCUGCCACAUUUAUGUAAUUUACUAGCGCAUCCGUACAAAGCGGUCAGGCACAUGGCGGCGCGAUGCAUUGCCACGUUAGCGAAACUAAACACGGAGACGACGAUGACACAUGUAAUACGCUCCGUCAUACCGAUGUUGGAUGCGAGCGGCGGCGAGAGGAAGAAUUCCGUGGUGACACCGGGCAAAGUCGAUUCGAUACGUCAAGGAGCAGCGGAAGCGUUGGCCUGUCUUGUCGAGAGUUUAGGAGUGCAGGUGGUGCCGUACGCCGUGUUCUUCAUGGUACCGUUACUCGGACGCAUGAGCGAUCAGAAUCAAGCAGUGAGAUGGAUCUGCAGCGCGACGUUCGCCACGCUUGUUCAAUUAUUACCGUUGGAUCCCGGGGCAAUCUCUGAUCCGCUAGAUUUAGCGCAAGAGAAGAGACAAGAGCGGCUGUUCUUGGAACAAUUGUUGAAUCCGCGAACCAUCCCCGACACGGACCUGCCGGUUCCCGUAGCCGCGGAGUUACGCUCUUACCAACGUCAGGGAUUGAACUGGCUGAAUUUCUUGAACCGUUAUCACCUUCACGGUGUACUGUGCGACGACAUGGGUCUCGGCAAGACGCUGCAGACACUCUGCAUAUUAGCGUUGGAUCACCACCGCAAUGCAGACGCACCGCCCAGUAUGGUGGUGUGCCCGCCGACACUCACCGGCCAUUGGGUGUACGAAGUGGAGAGAUUCUUCGAGGCGCGAGAUCUGCCGGUGAUCCACUUUGCCGGCCCGCCGCAGGAACGCGAGAGACUUCGCCCCCUCGUCACGCAAUACAAGCUCGUGGUCGUGAGCUACGACAUCGUGCGGAAGGAGAUCGAGUUCUUCGAGGGACGUCAGUGGAAUUACUGUGUGCUCGACGAGGGCCAUAUAAUAAAGAACGGGAAAACGAAGAGCGCGAAGGCGGCAAAGCGGCUGCACGCCAAUCACCGGCUCAUACUGUCCGGCACACCCGUGCAGAACAAUGUGCUCGAAUUGUGGUCUCUGUUCGAUUUCCUGAUGCCGGGUUUCCUUGGCAGCGAGAAGCAAUUCGCUGCGAGAUACUCCCGUCCCAUCUUGGCCUGCAGGGAACCCAAGGCAGGGCCGAAGGAACAAGAGGCCGGCGCUUUAGCCAUGGAAGCUCUUCACAGACAGGUGCUGCCAUUUUUACUCCGUCGAAACAAGGAAGACGUGCUGCAAGAUCUGCCGCCAAAAAUUACACAGGAUUACUACUGCGAUCUGUCGCCGUUGCAGCGUAUACUCUACGAGGACUUUCGCACGCGUCACUCGGCCGCGUUUAUGUCGAACACAUCCUCGUCCUCGAACGAUUCUCAGAACAGCCAUGUGUUUGAGGCGUUACGAUAUCUGCGUAACGUCUGUAAUCAUCCUAAAUUGGUGCUCAAUCCACGACAUCCAUUGUACCAAACGGUAUGCAAUAUGAUGAAGCAACAGCAAAAUACUCUGGCGGACAUAGAACACGGAGCAAAGCUGCCCGCGCUCAAGCAGUUGUUGCUAGAUUGCGGCAUCGGGCAACAGCCCAAUCAGCAAGCUCGCGGCAAUUCGUCGGCCGCGAGCGCGGAGAGCGCUCAACAACAGCAACUGGUCAGUCAGCACCGCGCCCUGAUCUUCUGUCAGUUGAAAGCAAUGCUGGAUAUCGUGGAGAAAGAUCUGUUGCGCAUGCAUCUGCCGACGGUGACAUAUCUGCGUCUCGACGGUAGCAUACCAGCGGCGCAGCGGUAUUCCGUCGUGGCGCGUUUCAAUGCCGAUCCAUCGAUCGACGUGCUUCUCUUGACCACCCAAGUCGGUGGCCUCGGCCUCAACUUGACCGGCGCAGACACCGUUAUAUUCGUCGAGCACGACUGGAACCCGAUGAAGGAUCUGCAAGCGAUGGACCGCGCGCAUCGUAUAGGCCAGAAGAAGGUGGUUAAUGUGUACCGUCUGAUCACUAGAUCGACGGUAGAGGAGAAGAUCAUGGGGCUGCAGAAGUUCAAGCUUCUCACGGCGAACACCGUGAUAUCGACGGAGAACACUUCGCUGGACACGAUGGGCACCGAUCAGUUGUUGGACCUGUUCACGUUGGAUAAUGAAAAAGAUAAAAGAUCAGAUCGACACGAUGACACUGCGGCAGGCCUAUCGGGCAUCAGUCGUUCUAUGCUGGAUAUUCUACCUGAACUCUGGGGACAGCAGCAAUACGACGACGAAUACGAUCUCGACUCAUUUUUGUCCACUCUGAAGGCUGAUAGCCAGUAAGCUUGUUGUACCUCGUUGGGAACUCGUUGAGCGUAUAUGUGUAAGUUAGGGCUCAGUACAUGUUCCAACGCAUACAUUGUAGCUCGAGGUUCGAUGCGUGAUAUCAAGUGAACUAAGGGGGGGAGACAGGGUGACGGUAAAAUUUAGAAAUUGGAAGCAGUCAGUAACUAAAGUCCAACACUGAAACUUAAUUUUAGGCGACGUUGAUAUUAUCGGUACCAACAAAAUGUCCCGACUUUUUAUGAAUAUUAUGAAACAUAAUAGUGCAUGUUUGACCCUGUAUUUGAUUAGAUAUGGACGCAAUUAAAACGACAAUUGCAAUUGCGAGAGUUAUGUAAAUAUGUGAAAUGAAUAAAUGAUUUUUUUAUAAAGCUGAUUCGAUGUUAAUAAAAUGAUAUUUUCAUGUAGAAUUGAUUCAUAUAUGGUGUGAUUGACUGAAAAAGGAGAAGCAAAAAAAAAGAAAAUAAGCCGUCAGCGAAGAAUGACGGAUAGAUACGACCGUAACCGUCGGCACGUACGGAUCAUUCGUUUUCUUGUUUCUUGAUUGUCUUGUUUUUUCUCUCUAACUUCAAUCGUUCCAAUUUCUAGACCAAUUUACUGCCACUCAUACUUUCAAUUAUUGUAGAAAUCGAAUACGAUUGUUAAUCCUUGGUUGCGCGUGAUGUGCCGACCAUGAACUAUAUAAAAUGAUAUCGCUGAAAAGUGACUGCUGAAAGCAAACACUUCAUCACGACACCUGGAUAUUAAGAGUCGCGUCUGAUUAAUGGUUAACUCGAAUCCAGCCUGGAUUCAUUCGAGCAGACGCGUUCUCGUCUCACACGAAACAUUGAAAAAAGAUGACACUACACACUCGUACCUAACUAUCGGAUGAUAGCGAGAUAGAGGUAGAUUAAGAUAUGUUGUAAGUAAGAGAAUGUGAGAGAGAGAGAAAGAGUGUGUGUGUUUCGUUUAGUUGUAAUAAUUUAUAAAAAUGCCGAUACAAUUACAAUUCCGCAUUUGUACCAAAACGUGUCACCACGGUGCAUAAUUAUUUAUGAUAUAAACUAGUCUCUUUUUUUUUUUUCUACACACCAUCAUGAUAAAUCAGUAAAUGAUAAUGCCACUUGUCUCUUACUA